AUGGUGGAAUGGCAAGUGGUCAAAAAACAAGGUCUGGUAGCUACCAGAGAAGCCCACCUACUUAUGCUCUUGCUUGCAUUAAUGGGUGUGCAAGAGGCCCAGGCAACCAGAGCCUGUGGGAGGCCCCUCAUCAGCCUCAACCGAAUUGUGAAGGGGAAAGACACUGUGCCUGGAGAAUUCCCCUGGCAGAUCAGCUUACAGCUGAAUCAAAGGCAUGUAUGCGGAGGGUCGCUCAUCUCAGAAGAGUGGGUGAUCACAGCAGCACACUGCUUCUACCAGUUCAGGGAUCUCUCCCAGUACCAGGUCCUCCUGGGGGUUACGCAGCUGUCCAAUCCGGGCCCGCAGGCAUGUUGCUUGGGAGUUCAGCAGGUCAUCGUAAACCCCAUCUAUGAGGGCCAGACCAGCAGUGGGGACAUUGCCCUGGUGCAGCUGUCCAGGAGGGUGCACUAUUCUGACCUCAUCCUUCCCAUUUGCCUGCCUGAUGCCUCUGUGAAGUUCCCUCCAGGGAAAGUGUGCUGGGUCACUGGCUGGGGAAACCUGCGGCAUUCAGUCAACCUUCCCUCCCCACAAACCCUCCAGAAGUUGAAGGUGCCCAUCAUCGACUCAAGGACCUGCAGUGAGCUCUACCGCACCAACAUGGGUGAUGGACUGACCCCACGGGUUAUCAAGGACGAUAUGAUCUGUGCUGGCUACGCAGAGGGCAGGAAGGAUGCCUGCAAGGGCGAUUCUGGAGGUCCCAUGGUUUGUCUGGUUGGCCAAUCCUGGGUCUUGGCUGGCAUCGUCAGCUGGGGUGAAGGAUGCGCCAUUGAGAACCGGCCUGGAGUAUACAGUCGCCUCACGUACUACCAAAACUGGAUCCGCAGCUACAUCCCAGACAUUGAAUUCGUCAAAGACCCACACAUCCGUGAAUCACGGGAAUGGUGGCGUGACAGCAAAGGCCAAAAACAUCCUGGGGGUUCCUUGCCUGGCCAUGCCCCUUCCCUCACUGCUAGCCUUCUGAUGUUCUCCGUGUGGGUCUUGGUUCUUAUGUAA